CACGCUCCUGUCACUCUGGUGUUAACUCUCCACACAAAAUGACUGUUUAACUGAAAUCAUCUGUAAAAUAUAUUAAAAUGAUGACUUAAGAUCUUGAUUUUCAUCAAACAAACACUCAUUUGUUAUGAAUCUGAUUAGAUUAGUAACAUAAACGGAGCAUGUGCUGUUUGUCAGUCAGUAAUGUGCUCUCUGAAGAUUUCCUGUAGAGCUGAUGUGGUCAGAGAUAUGGAAAGGGGAAGGAAAUGUUAAAUAUAUUUGCAGACGCAGCAUGCUUUUUCACUCAGUACGGAAGAGAAAGACAAUCGCAGACGCAGAGUUUUUGUCUUAUAUUUAAGCAAAACGCAUGUAAGAUGUCCAGAAUGUGUGUCGUUCUGCUCGUCUUGUCCAGCAUCUGCACAGUUGUUGUUGGUGCUCCAGUUACAGUCACAGGAUACAGAGGAGAGAGAGCUGACAUCAGAUGCCCUUAUGAAUCUGGAUAUGAAUCAUAUGUAAAGUAUUUGUGUAACGGCGAGUGUAGAGACAGAAACAUCAUAGUUAAAUCAGGAUCUUCAGCUGAAGACCAGAGAUUCUCUCUGAGAGACGACACGACGGCCAGAGUUUUCACCGUCACCAUCACUGACCUGAGAUCAGCAGAUGCAGGACAAUACUGGUGUGGAGUGGAGAGGAGUGUAAUUAAAGAUGUCUAUUCAGAGAUUAUGUUGCUGGUUAAACAUGAUGAUAAGACCACUGAGGUUUCAUCCACCAGCCCUUUUACAUCAACACCGUCAUAUUUCAGCACAACAGAACCAUAUCCACAAUCCAGCAGCAUCACAAUCACUGAAAGAAAAGAAACAAUCCCAGAUCAGCACAACUCUUCAGAAGGUCAGGUCAUCUGUCUGUCGCUCUGCAUGCUUAUGUCUUGAAUUUGAAUGAGAUGUUUCAAUAUAACUUUAAAUUACAUUAAAUGUGUGUAAUAGG